GCGGUUGUACACGCGGUGUUGGUAUGUGGAAAUACGGGAAAAGUCAAAACUUUUAAAUUGGUCUAAGACUCGCCUUGUGAUAGCUCCUGACGGGCUUGCUACUAGAACAUAUAGAAGUGGCCACGCACUUUUCCGGAGCCUGGCUCUUUGUACUGUCUGACCUUCAGAGCGGACAUGUAGUCAGCAGCAUAAGCAGAGCACAUACCUCUUUGUGAACUCUUAUUUACUCUCAAACAGCUUCCACUACCUCUCGGGCUGGACUGUGGUGCAUUAACGUCAGCUCGCCCUCCCCUGCCCCCCCGCCCCUCAGCAAUGGCCUCACGCAUUGGCUUGCGGAUGCAGCUGAUGCGAGACCAGCUGCAGCAGGAGGAGCAGCGUGAGCGGCAGCAGAAUGCAGCCCUGCAAUACAUGCAGAACCGCAUGGCUGGGCCACCUGCACCCACCCCAGCCAUUAGCACUCCACAGCAUUACCAAAGCAUGCAGGUCCCCGUGGAGGUUCUGAAGGUACAGACUCACCUUGAAAAUCCCACGGACUACCACAUCCGUCAGUCUCGAAGACAACAAGUGAAAGAAUACCUGUCAACCACCUAUGCCACCAAACAGACGGUCAAUGCAGUAGCAGGGCUAGUUCCGCCUUCUCCUCCAACAAACAUGGGACCUACAGGGAAUUCAGCGUCUGCACCUCCACCUCUCCAGUCCCCGCACUUGCGCACCGAGCAGCUUAUGUCUGGCAACAGUGCCCCCAACAGCCCAAUGGCCAUGCUCAACAUUGGUUCCAGCCACGAGAAGGAGAUGGAUGAAGUCAUUGAUAACAUCAUCAGUAUGCAGUCCAGUUAUGAUGAUUUUCAAAGUUACACUGAUCCUGUCCAGAUGUCAAACACACUCCCUCUCUCAAGCAGUCACCUAGAUGUGUAUACAGGUUCUAGCAUGAAGGGCCCAGCCAUUGCUAUGACUAGUAACUCCUGUCCUGCCAAUCUGACCAUCAAGCGAGAACUCUCAGAAGCCCGUGCGCUGGCCAAGGAGAGACAGAAAAAAGACAACCACAAUCUGAUUGAAAGGAGGAGAAGAUUCAACAUUAAUGAUCGUAUUAAAGAGCUGGGCACCAUGAUCCCCAAAACCAAUGAACUUGAUGUGCGCUGGAACAAAGGCACUAUAUUGCGGGCAUCUGUAGAGUACAUCAAACGCAUGCAAAAGGAUGCACAGAGGACAAGAGAGGUGGAGAACAACUUUAAAAGGAUGGAGAUUGCUAACAAACAGCUGUUGCUGCGCAUCCAGGAGUUGGAGAUGCAGGCUCGUCUGCAUGGCCUGCCCAGCAGCUCUCCCUCUGGCAUGAACCCAGCUGACAUUAUGGCUUCUUAUAUAAAACAAGAGACCAGCCUAGAGGAGAACCAUUCUCACCCCCAGGCACAAGCCCAUCACCAGCCCCAGCAUCUACUCCAUAACCAGGCACAUCCCCAGGCCCAGCGGCACCAAUUCCUCUCCCAGACACACUUCCACCCUCAGGGCCAGGCCCAGCCUGAACCCAGGCAGCUGCCACCACUCCCACAGCACCUCCAGCCUCAGCCUCCCAUCCAGUUCCCAGCUGUGGGCAGUUCCCAGCCCUUUGACUUUGCCCAGUCGCUGGACUUGUGCGAUGGGAUACCAGGGUUUUCAGACGGCAUGUCUGGGCUGGGUGACCUGUGUGGACUGGAUCUCCAGGGGAGGAGAGGCGAGCUGGGUUUCCAUAUGAUGGACGAGCCUUUGUCCCCAAUGGGUGGAGACCCGCUGCUCUCUGCAAUGUCCCCUGAAGAGUCUGUCGACUCCAGCCGCAGAUCCAGCUUCAGCAUAGAGGAUGGAGACAUAAUGUAGACAAGCAUAAAUUCGCUCAGUCAAACACAUGAGGUUUCACAUAGAUUGUAGUAAAGAUAAACACAAAUGUCACGUUUGCAUUACACAAAAUACAUGCAUUACAUACACAGAAAUGAAUUGGCUCCCAUCAUUUAACUAGCAUACAUAUCACACAGUUUCAACCAGUGGCACUCACCUGUGGUGCAUUUAUCUUAUCAGAAACGGUACACAGUAUUUACACAGGUAAAAACCUUCUGUAUUCAAACAUUCAUGAGUAUGUGCGCGCACACACACACACACACACACACAAACACACACAUACAUACACAGACAUAAGCGUGUGUUAGUUUAACUGAGCAGCUUGAAACUUUGCCCAACACACUGAGCAUUUACAAGGUAUGAACCAGCACUGCCAGGUCAGGAGUUAUAUGGCACACUUAGCCUUGUUUCCAUAAAGGUGGCCCUGAAUCAUAAUUGAAGAAGGGACAAAACAUCCAGUUAAUUAGACUGCCGUUAUCAGAUAGAAGAACAAACCAAGUGCAUCAUCACACGCGAUAGAAGACAAGUUAUUUGCCCCUAACAUCAGCCUCUUCUAGUAAUCAUAAAUGACUGACUGAAUGAUAGAGAACAAAAAUGGAAAUGGUUUUAUGGCCCUGGAUGCAUAAUUUAUCUUGAGGGGAUACAGUCCAGUCACGUGAAUCCCUUCCUCAGGCUCUUAUGUGGCCUCAGGUUUUAGCUGUUAGCGUGGUGAAGUGUCUAUCAGUGUCCAUAUCUUGGGGAACAUUAAAAAAAAGCUGAAGCUUGCUUCAGGAGGUGGAUGAUUCAGCUUUUAGCAAAGGCCUUUAUAUUUACCCCAUUUCUUCUAGCUGAAAUUGUUGUCUUCUCACAAAAUGCAUGCACGUGCACUCACACAAUGUUGCUCCCACCUUUUUCUGCACCUCCAGCACUGUCACAAUCUUUACCCAAAAACACUGUAAAGUCCGUUGACUUUGGGAGUAGAGGAAAACCACAGAAUGGUCAUCAGAAAUCGGAGGGCCAUCCGUUUCUGUGAGGUGUCGAAACACUCAGGUACUGUAACAGAAUACACGAGCAGGCUUUUAAAUAGAAGUGGAUGUUAACCUGAAGUACGUCAGGGCCAUAACCCCCGUCUGUUUGUGUCUUUUUGUUUUUGCUGCUCCUUUUCAAAGGCACAGGUUUAUAGGUCGGAGGUCAUCAGCUUAGACUCAGUAUCACAUUCAGCUAUGCCCAUAAAUGCUUUAGUAUUUGCUUCUGCAUCAGUGUUACCUUGUAAGCGCAGGAGAUAGUUAUUUCCUCCCACUAAGUGACCCUUUAGGGGUUGUGAUGAAGGAAAGAAGUGACAUAUUUAAAUAGUGGAGGAAGAUCCCUUAUUCAGACACGGGAUACACAACAUUGCUGGCUUCAUCGGUCUCUUGGUGUCAGCAUUCUGUCACUCAAACGUUGGCCGUUUUUACGUUACUGUUCCACGCUGUUUCAUCCAGACAUCACCCAAAGUGAGCUGUGGAUUCAUUCAAACAUGAAGCCAGAAUGUUAAGGUGCUGUCAGAUUAAUAGAAAAGAGUGCAUGUCUGAAGGGACUAAAGUGUUAGUUCUAUCUGACAGCAGCCGUAGGCUCGUCUUUAUGACAUUGGAACACGCUUGCAUGUAUUUGCACUCGCACUCAUUUCACAAACAUGCACACUUUAAACACAAAUGAUCAUCUAUUACACACUUCGGCAUUACAGUACUCACAGAUUGGUGCAUGCAUAGUAUUUUUUUGGGACACUGACAUGAUUUUUUUUUUUUUUUUUGUUAUUUUAGCUGCGUACCAAAACAUAUUCAAGUUAUAGUUAUACGGGGUUAAAGUGCAGAUUGUCAACUUUAAUUUGAGGGGUUGAACAAAAAGAUUGCAUUUACCUUUGAGAAAUUACUGCCUGUUUCUAUACACUGACCCCCAUUUUCAGGUACUCAAAUGUAAUUGGGUAAAUAAAUAUAAGUGUAAAUUAAACAGUUAAUACUAUGUUGAGGUUCUUUCGCAGCCUGAAGUCUUGAACUCAUGGACACCUCUAAAGAAUGAGAUUCUUCCUGUAUUUUCCUGUAUUUCAUCACGUGGCUCAGCUGCAGUCAUCCACAGCUGCUGUAUUACACGGAUGGUCAGAAAUGUUUGUGUUGCUGAGCUCACCAGUGCAUGCUUUUCUUUAUUUUUCAGACUGUACUGAGCUGUUAUCAUUUCCACUGGCUCUUUGAUGUGUUUGUUUUGUUUUCGUAGCCUAAGGCUGAUCUGUUUCACUUUUUUUUGAGCAGCAAAUUCCAAAUGCAAAUGCCACAAUUGAAAUCAUCUCCAGACCUUUUACACAAUGCUUACACAAUGACAUUACUGUAUGACAUGGCUGUAAUUCCUCACUGGAAGAUGCAGUGUUUCUGUUUAGCGUCUGCACUAUAAUUGCGUCGUUUAUUCAAAUCAUUUGUUGCGACUUGCAGAGUUGUGAAAGCUGUGCCGCUGUCCAUGUGAGUCUGGACGUAACUGUACGUGUACAUAAAGCGGAGUGUGCCUUGAGGCUGUAGUAAAGCUGCCAGCUGCAGAGGCAAAGCUCAGGUCUGCUGUUCAAGCUGUCACCUAAAGGUGAUUCAUUACUCCAGCUGUCACAGUGAUGACUGGAGCAGGUUUUGUUCAACCUGUGUUGCAUCUCUGCUGUGGUAGACCUGGGGCUUAGCUUUGAUUGAUAUUGUUUAUGAUCAGAAAAGAAAUAUAUAUAUAUAGAAAAAAGUACUUUCAGGGGGAUUUUUUUUUUUGAUUUAAAAGAAAUGUCUGUUUUCUUUGUUCUAUGGUUUGUUUGUUGUAUCUCCCAAAGCACUGAAAAUUAUGUUAUUGUUUUUACUUUGUAUAUGGAAGAAAUAUGGAAUGAGAUUUGCUUCAGAUGUUUUAUGCCACUAAGCCACUUAAAUGUAUUUUAUUUGUCUUUGAUAUUUUAGUUCUAUUUCAAUUUUAUUCCAAAACUACCCUUUCUUCUCAGAGCCAUUUUCAGGAGGUACACUGUACAGGCAUUUAAACCAACAAUGUUUAACUGGAGUUGGGGUACCAUUUAUAAACUUCAAGAUUUCAGCUGAUUUUAAAGAGAUUAUGUAUAUUUCUGAUGCCAUUUUUGUAUGAUUGGGAUUUUAUUUAUCUCUCUUUUAACUUUGAAAUUUGGAUCCAGAUGUAGGUGAAAGGUGAUUCUAUCAUUUGACUGAAAUCAAGUUGCUCGUUUGAUGAAUGUAAAGGCUUACCAGUAGUUCUUGUCAGGCUGA